AUGGAUUCUCCUCGUGAGUCUGCCGGCGACACUGGCAAGAGUGCCGUUCCUCCGAUCGGAUUCCGGCCCCAGAACGGCGGUGUCAUCAAGGUGCAGCCACCGCGACGUGAGGACCUACAACCCUCUUAUGCGCAGACUCUGCAAGACACUGAGGAUGAUAAUAAUGGCUGGUACGGGUCUAUGAUCAACACCCUGGGACAAUGCAUUGGAUGCAUUGGUGCCAUUCCAUGCUGCAUCAUCUGCCCUAACCCCUACAAACCUGUGUCUCAAGGAAACGUUGGCCUGAUCACCAAAUUCGGGCGCUUUUCGCGCGCCGUCGAUCCCGGCUUGGUCAAGGUCAACCCUCUCUCGGAACGCCUCAUUCAAGUCGAUGUCAAGAUCCAGAUCGUGGAGGUGCCACGUCAAGUGUGUAUGACUAAGGACAACGUGACCCUCAAUUUGACAUCGGUCAUCUAUUAUCACAUCACCUCUCCUCACAAGGCCGCUUUUGGUAUCUCCAACAUUCGCCAGGCCUUGGUGGAGCGUACUCAGACCACCCUUCGUCACGUGGUGGGUGCACGUGUUCUCCAGGAUGUGAUUGAACGUCGUGAAGAGAUUGCGCAGUCAAUCGGCGAGAUCAUCGAGGAGGUCGCUUCAGGCUGGGGUGUCCAGGUCGAAUCUAUGCUCAUCAAGGACAUCAUCUUCAGCAACGACCUCCAAGACUCGCUGUCAAUGGCCGCUCAAUCCAAGAGAAUCGGUGAAUCCAAGGUCAUUGCUGCACGUGCUGAGGUUGAAUCGGCCAAACUUAUGAGACAAGCUGCCGAUAUCUUGAGCUCUGCGCCCGCCAUGCAAAUCAGAUAUCUCGAAGCCAUGCAAGCCAUGGCCAAGACGGCCAACAGCAAGGUCAUUUUCUUGCCCGCAACUAACCAGACCAUGCCCACCGAUAUGAACGCCAUGCUCCAAAAUCAGACCACUGGCGAAGCCAGUGGCUAUAAUUCCAAGCCAAAUACCGGCAACGCUUUCAACAUGGAUAGCAACGAUGGCUUCCAACAGGCCAUGAACGCCAGAGUUAUCGAGAACAUCUAA